AUGGUCUGGCUGUGGCUCCUCGCCCUGCAAGGAACUGAGCUCGCUUUGUCCUCUUUAGCCUUGCAGUUUGGUGAAACCCUUGACUUCUCCGCUGGCUCUUGUGCCUUUGAAGACAGUGCUUGUGGCUAUGUGUCAGACUUCACAUCUCUGCCUUGGAUUUUGAAAGAAGAAGGUCAUUACAUUUCUGUAGAUACCUCACAUGGAACAAAUGGUGACACAGCUGUAUUACUCAGUCCUGAUCUGCAUUCUGAAGAGUGGAGUUGUAUCAGACUUAUAUAUCAGAUUGCAACAUCUUCCGAGCUGCCUGUAGAUCCAACCACCUUAAAUCUGUAUCUAAGAGUACAAGGAGAAAGCUUUGAUCAUUUGCUUUGGACAACCACAGAGACCUCAGAAAGCUGGCUCAUAGCUAGUCUUGAUGUCAGAAACAGUACAAACAAGUACAAGAUCGUGCUAGAAGGUGUGUUGGGAAGAGAAAUUUCUGCCAGCAUAGCAAUUUUUGAAAUUAAAAUAACUACGGGCUACUGUAUAGAAUGUAACUUUGAAGAAAACCAUCUCUGUGGUUUUAUGAACCGCUGGAAUCCCAAUGUGAACUGGUUUGUCGGCGGAGGCAAUAUUGGAAAUUCACAGUCUAUCCUUCCAAGAGAUCACACUCUUAAUGAUGAAUUUGGUCACUACAUGUAUGUGGACUCUAUGUAUGUAAAGCAUUUCCAGGAAGUGGCUCAGCUGGUCUCUCCUAGAACAACAACACCUAUGUCAGGCUGUUUGUCCUUUUAUUAUAAAAUGCAGCAAGACAGUGGUAUUGUUUUCACAGUCUACAUGAAAGAUAUAAAUGGCUUUUAUGAAGAGCUUUGGAAAGCAGACAGUACUGUGAAUACCGAAUGGGUUUUAGCAGAAGUUGAUUUCAAUGCACCCUACCCAAUGGAGGUUAUUUUUGAAGUUGCUUUCAAUAGUGCCAAAGGAGGAUAUAUUGCCCUUGAUGAUGUUUCUUUCUCUCCAGUCUUUUGUAGCAAUCAGACAGAAGUUUCCUUUGGUCCCACAGAAGCAAGCUGCAGUUUUGAGGAGGAUUUGUGCAAUUUUUAUCAAGAUAACGAGGAUGGCCCUGGCUGGAGCAGGGUAAAAGUAAAGCCCAAUGCAUACAGGCCAGGAGACCAUACUACGGGAAUGGGUUACUACUUGCUGGCAAAUACAAAGUUAACAUCACAGCCUGGGUACAUUGGCCGUUUAUACAGUCCCACUCUGCCAGGAAAUUUGCAGUAUUGUCUGCAGUUUUAUUAUGCCUUAUAUGGCUUUUUCAAAAUGAGAGACAGUCUGGCUGUUUAUAUCUUUGAAGAGAACCAUGUGGUUCAAGAAAAAAUCUGGUCUGUUUUGGAAACUCCCAAAGGAGUCUGGACUCAAGCUGAAAUCACCUUCAAAAAGCCCAUGCCUUGCAAGGUGGUGUUUGUGAGCUGGUGUAAAAGCUUUUGGGACUGUGGACUGGUGGCAUUGGAUGAUGUAUCAGUAGGCUUGGGAAACUGUCACAGUACUGACUUAUUACCUGCUUUUCUUAGAGAAUGUACCUUUGAAAGAAAUGAGUGUGCAUUUACUCAGCAAAAGAAAAACCGGGGCAGUUGGCACAGGCGAAGAGGCCAGACUCCUACAUCUUACACUGGACCAAAAGGAGACCAUACUACUGGGGUAGGGCACUACAUGUACAUUGAGGCAUCUAACAUGGUCUAUGGACAGAAAGCACGGCUUAUAUCAAGACUUUUACGAGGCACUUCUAGGCCUCAGUGUCUUAUAUUUUUUUAUCACAUGUAUGGAGCUGGGACAGGGAUAUUAAAUGUUUAUGUGAAGAAGCAUGGUGAAAAGGAUGAGACCCUCCUCUGGAGAAGGCGAGGUGAACAAAGCAUCACUUGGUUAAGAGGCCUUAUAGAAUAUUCAUGUGACAAAUAUCACCAGAUUAUAUUCGAGGCAAUUCGUGGGUUAUCAAUUAAAAGUGACACUGCUAUUGAUGACAUCAAGUUUCAGUCAGGACCUUGUAAAGAAGUGGGAGAAGCAACAAUACAAUCUUCUGGAUACUCUGCUGAUUUUAAUGAAAUUGAAUAUUGAGCUCUACAGAAGUGGGUGAAACACCACAUGCCUAAAACCAGUAGAAACUGCCCAUUCCCCUUCUUCCUCAAUUAUUAAAGAAAGAAAU